GCGCCACCACAGAAGAGAGCAGCCAAGUGUAUUCAUCAUUGACAUUUAUUUGCGUGGACGGCACCGUAAUGCCAUUAGCGGACGUUUGCGAUGGUAUCCCUCAUUGUCCGGACUCGUCGGAUGAAGUCGGGACACUGUGCCGUCACGUUGUGUGUCCCACGUACAUGUACAGAUGCAAUUACGGUGCCUGCGUGAGUCGCACGGCGCGAUGCAACGGUCUGGCGGACUGCGUGGACGCCAGCGACGAGAUCGCCUGCGACCGGGACGCCGACGACAUUUGUUCCGACAAAGAUUUCCAAUGUUCUACCGUUUAUCAGGAGUGCAUACCUUUCGCCCAGGUGUGCAACGGCUACAGAGACUGUUCCGACGGGAGCGAUGAAAAUGCGACGGUCUGCCGCGAGCAUACGUGUCCCGAGCACACGUUCCGUUGCUCGUACGGCGGUUGCGUUCAUCAGGAAGUGAUCUGCGACGGCGUGAAGGAUUGCGUCGACGGCACCGACGAAGACUCGAGCACGUGCGCGGCUGCCGACUGUGAGGAUCGAGAAUGUUCGCAGUACGAAUGCCGAGACCUAGAAUUCGCAUGCGAGAACGGACGGCAGUGCCUACCGAUAGCUAAAGUGUGCGAUGGUACUCGGCAUUGCGCAGAUGCGUCCGAUGAAAGUGCAAAAUUGUGCGAAACACGUGAAUGCCCCGAAAAUUGGUUCCGAUGCGCUUACGGCGGAUGCAUUCGACCGGAGCUGAGGUGUAACUCUCAACUUAACUGUCACGACUGGAGCGACGAGGACGAGUCGCUGUGCGGGAUAACGUUGCCCGACGGUGCCUGCCGAUUGCCCGCCGCAAAAGCGGGAACACACUACAGCGUAAGCGGAUGCUCGAGAUGUCGGCCGGGCGAAGUUAUUCCCGAACUCACGCGUCUCGAUUACACCUGCGACGUCGAAGGCACCCUGCAAGGUGCCAGUGAAAUUUACUGUCAAAACAACAGGUGGUUUCCCGCUAUUCCGAGUUGCACCUUCAAAAAUGAGACUGAAGGAAUAACGUGCCCGGCACCGUCCGAAGCGCACGAUGCGAUUAGACGAUGCGAGGCGAUGUGGGGUCCUCACAAGGGAUGGCUGCCCUGCGACCGGGCCCUCCCGGUCGGCUCGCGGGUUUUCCUCGAGUGCCCAGCGUUUUACGAGCGUCGUAAAGGAUCUUCCAGUGUUAUGUGCCUUCACGACGGUACGUGGAGCCAAUCGCUCCUGAGUUGUACUCCUGUCUGCGGGAUGAGGGACUCCACAGCGGCAGCACUGAUUGUAAAGGGGUGGAGCGUCGAAAAAGAAGAAGAGACCCUGCCAUGGCAAGCCACCCUCUUCUCGCACGAGGACGGUCAAUGGAGAUUCUUUUGCGGCGGUACGUUGAUAGCGGAACGCGUCGUGUUAACUGCCGGCCACUGCGUCUGGAAAACCGCGGCGGACACGAUGCGCGUCGCUUUCGGGAUUCUCUCGAGUGACUUAAAUCAAGUAGGGGAAAACGCGCAGGUGAUCGACGUGGAAAGCGUCGAGCUGCAGAACGCGUAUCAAGAUCACGAGAGUAAUUACGGCUCGGACAUCGCGUUGCUGAUUUUGAAGAGAGCUGUAACUAUCAACUCGGCCGUCGGACCGGUUUGCGUUCCCUGGCAAUCCGACGCGAUAUUGUUGGAAUAUCAGCGAAACGGUGGGCUUGGAUUAGUUGCUGGUAUGGGGCUAACGGAGAACGACACGUUUAGUUCAGUCUUGAGAGUGACUACAAUGAAAAUCAUUUCCGACGACGAGUGUCGCCGAAAUCAAAACAGAGAUUUUCGAAAAUAUCUGACUUACACUUCCUUUUGCGCCGGAUGGGCGAAUGGUACUGGGGUAUGCAAUGGAGACAGCGGCGGGGGUUUGGUGCUUCAGCGACCGAAUUCCAGUAUCUGGGAAAUUCACGGAGUCGUUUCCGUGAGUCCACGGAAACUGGGUACCAACGUAUGCGAUCCGAAUUUCUAUGCUGUUUUCACGAAGGUUUCGGUGUACACUAAUUGGAUUCACGAAGUUAUUGAGAGUGUACCUGCAAUCGACUUACCUAACUUUGAUCGACAACCAAACAGCGAUAACAUCGUUGUUUAAGCAACUCUAAAUUGGUUUCAAUUAUAAU